AUUGGUAAAGAUGAAAUCAUCAUUGGAAGGAAGAACGCUGUGUCAGAUAUAGUUACAACAUUGACCAGCUCCGACAUAAAUCAAGAAAAUCUGUCGGUUAUGGCAAUCGCGGGAAUGCCAGGACUGGGAAAGACAACUUUGGCCAAGUCAGUGUACAAUGAUAAUUCAGUAACAGGGUAUUUUGAAAAAAGGAUAUGGGUGUGUGUGUCUGAUCCUUUUAACAUCAAUGUGAUUUUGAUCUGCAUGUUAGAAUCUCUUAACCCAUCAAAAGCCACUGUAAGAGAAAAUCAAGAUGCAAUGCUUAAAUACAUUGAAGAAGAGUUGAGAGAGAAAAUAUACUUGCUGGUACUUGAUGAUGUUUGGAAUGAAGAGUCUGAGAAAUGGGAAAGGUUGAUGAGCUGUUUGUCAAAGUUGAAUUCUGCUCCAGGAAGCAAAAUUAUUGUCACUACCCGCAGUGGCAUAGUUGCACCACUCACAGAAACACUUCCGCGGCCUAAAUUGGACCUUCUAUCAACAGAUGAAUGUUGGUCCAUAUUGAAACAUGCAGCUUGCUCAGAUGGUAGUUUAGAGAGAAUUGGACGGGAGAUUGCUAAAAAGUGUGAAGGUUUACCAUUGAUGGCACAGCCGAUUUUGUCACUGGAUAAUCUAAAAUGUGUUGGAGAAGAGAUUUAUGGAAAUGACGUAUUUCCAUCACUAAAAGAAUUAUGCAUUCGUAAUUGCAAGGAGCUAAUUGAAUGGAUGGAAGCACCAAAACAAGUCAUGGUGUUUCCUUGCCUGGAGAAGUUGGAUAUUGAGAAUUGUCCCAAAUUGAGAAAGGUUCCCAGUCAUUUUCCAUCUAUGAAGAAUUUGAUGAUAGAAGGUAAUGAGGAGCUUACAUGUGUGCCAGAAGGGAUGUUGUUGAAGAUAGAAGGUAUGGAUAUAAUGGAUUGUGAGAAGUUAACUUGUAUUGCCCCCGAUGUCUUUGGUUGUUGUGCAUCUAUCGGAAACUUGGUUGUAAACAAGUGCCCUAGUCUACAAUCUAUUUCAGAUUUGCACAACUUCACAUCCCUCCGUGAAUUGAGCAUUGGAAAUUGUAAGAGAUUAGAAAGUUUGGUGAAUAAUGGACUCGUCUCUGUUGUGGAGUUGCUGCGUAUAAGAGAUUGUAAUGGUCUACAAUCUAUUCCAGUUUUAAACCUCUUCACAUCCCUCCAUAAAUUGAGCAUUGAAAAUUGUGAGAGAUUAGAAAGUUUGGUGAGUAGUGGGUCCGUCUCUGUUGUGGAUUUGAAUAUAAUUAAAUGUAGUGGUCUACAAUCUAUUCCAGCUUUAAACCUCUUCACAUCCCUCCGUGAAUUGAGCAUUGAAUAUUGUCGGAGAUUAGAAAGUCUGCUUUAA